UAACGUGUGCUAAGUUGCAGCAGUGGUGUCAAAGUUCACUAUAUAGAGAGCUCAGUGAGCUGAUCGGAGAGACAGCAGCACUCUGCCAGCCCUUUCCUACAAAUCGCAGUCACUUCCUACCCCCCCUCUCGCGCUCUCUUUAGCAUAUUUGAUCACUUUGAUUGCAGGCUCCUAUUAGAGGGUUUAUUCUGGUGCAUGAAGGAUGAGGUCCUGCCGGCUGUGAUCUGCUCCUCUCUCCACUACUAUUAUUAUUAUUAUUAUUAUUAUUAUUAUUAUUAUUUGCUGCUGCUGCUGCUGGAUAGAGUGGACUCUUGCCGUUCAUGCUCAGAGAAGGAGGAAGAAGCAGAAGAAGAAGAAGCAGAGGGGAUCUGAGUCCUGUGCUGGAGAGGCUCCCUACUGGCUGCUGCUGCCAGAGCUGGAGGAGAAGAAGAGCAGGUCUCCCCCCUCUCUAAUAAUCCUUAACCCUUUAUGGCUUUCCUGAAUGGCUGACUGUGAUCUUCCCAGGACCUGGCCCCCAGCACUAAGUCUGCAGCUCACAGAGACACCUCCAAGUCUUCUCCAGACCAAUAGUGCACCCACCCUUCUGCUGCUGCUACUCAUCUGAUUGUUUGCUGCUCCUUCUCCUUCUUCCUCUUCUUCUCCUUCUUUAUUUCCCUCAGAACCCCCCCACCCCCCACCCCUUUUAUUCAUAUAUUAAAGCUGCCUUGGUCUGAUCCCCACAAGCACCAUAAGAAGAAUAGGGGAAGAAGCAGUUUGGAAGAGGUUCCCCAUAGAUAUGGCAAUGGUAGUGGGUGCUUGGAGAGACCCUCAGGACGAUGUGCCAGGAACUCAACCUUCACAGCCACCUCCAGGGCAAGGGCCAGCAGGGGCACCACACACCCCACAGACACCAGGGCAAGGAGUGCCCUCUACUACCCCUGCUCAAUCCAACCCCUCCAGCCAGCCCAGCCAGAACCAGGGGGACAAGCAGCAACAACAACAGCAACACAUUGAGUGUGUGGUGUGUGGGGACAAGUCUAGUGGCAAACACUACGGCCAAUUCACCUGUGAAGGCUGCAAGAGCUUCUUCAAAAGAAGUGUAAGGAGGAAUCUGACUUACACAUGUCGUGCCAACAGGAACUGCCCUAUAGACCAGCACCACCGCAAUCAGUGUCAGUACUGUCGCCUCAAAAAAUGUCUCAAAGUUGGCAUGAGACGGGAAGUUUCUUCUUUAUUCACUGCAGCCGUACAGAGGGGCAGAAUGCCACCCACACAGCCUACCCAUGGCCAGUUCGCCUUGACAAAUGGAGACCCUCUCAACUGCCAUUCCUACCUAUCCGGAUAUAUCUCCCUUCUUCUGAGAGCAGAACCCUACCCGACCUCUAGAUUUGGCAGUCAAUGCAUGCAACCCAACAACAUUAUGGGCAUCGAAAACAUUUGUGAACUGGCAGCCAGGAUGCUCUUCAGUGCAGUGGAGUGGGCACGGAAUAUUCCCUUCUUCCCAGAUCUGCAGAUCACAGACCAAGUGGCACUUCUAAGGCUGACCUGGAGUGAGUUAUUUGUGCUGAACGCUGCCCAGUGCUCAAUGCCACUCCAUGUUGCCCCUCUCCUGGCAGCUGCUGGUCUACACGCUUCCCCCAUGUCUGCGGACAGAGUGGUGGCCUUUAUGGACCACAUACGAAUCUUCCAAGAGCAAGUAGAAAAACUGAAGGCAUUACAUGUGGACUCGGCAGAAUAUAGUUGUUUAAAAGCUAUAGUUCUCUUUACUUCAGAUGCCUGUGGUCUAUCUGAUGUAGCUCAUGUGGAAAGUUUGCAGGAGAAGUCCCAAUGUGCAUUGGAAGAAUAUGUUAGAAGCCAGUACCCCAACCAGCCUACAAGAUUUGGCAAACUCUUACUCCGUCUACCCUCCCUCCGCACUGUGUCCUCUUCUGUCAUAGAGCAAUUGUUUUUCGUCCGUUUGGUAGGUAAAACCCCUAUAGAAACGCUCAUUAGGGAUAUGUUACUCUCUGGAAGCAGUUUCAAUUGGCCCUAUAUGUCCAUUCAAUAAAAUACAAAGUAUUGAUGGGGGGGGGGGGGGGGGGGGGAAUGAAGGGCAAACUUUAAAAAAAAACAAAAAAAAAAGACUCUGGGGUAUGUUGGCUUAAAAUUCCUUCUGCUAAGGCUGUUACAAGUUUACUUAAAGAAGAGGGAAGAAUUUAUUGGACUGUGAAUUAAAAAAAAACACUAAACAUAAAAAAAAGACUAUUGAUGAACUUUUAUCAGAAUGCAUUUAAACCUGUCUGUUCAGAACAACUUGCUACGUAUCUUUUUUUUGUUUUGUUUUUUGUAGAAAAAGGAGAAAAAAAAUCUGAAAAAAAAAUUCAACAGGGAAUUUUAGUCUUUUUUGUAACCUUUUAAAAAAAAUACUAUCGCUAAAAAAAAAAAAAGUGCAUUUAUGGAAAUGUGGAAAAAAAUUAGCGGAAAGAAAGUUCUUUUUUUUUUGCCCACCCCCAAAUUCUAAAUUGUCCUCUGUGUCUAUUUGUAUCUAUUAGCUGUUUUAUUUCUUUUUUUCUUUUUUUUCUUUCCAUUUUGUAUUUUCCUGGUUCCAAACCAGUUUAUUCUGUGGUUCUAUAAUAUAAUUUUUUUUUAUAUAUAUAUAUAUAUAUAUAAAUAUAUUCUUGACUUAAGAGGUUAAAAAAAAAACUGUAUCCUUAAAAGUAUAUGUUCUGUAAGAAUUAAAACAGAGUCCACAAAAUAUCAUAGGAAAAAAAUGGAAACCUAAAGAAUUGACACUAGAACCUUAGUUGGAAGCGCACUUAUAAGUGAUGAGCCUAAUUUAAUUAUUAUUCAGACCUGUAAUUAUUGACGCAGUUGAACCACGGUUUUAUUUUUUUUUAUUACACAAGACAGAUUUUUUUUUUAUAUUAUUAUAAUAAUUAUUAUUAUUUUAUUGUCAUAAAUAAGGCAAACUGUGGGGGUUGAAUUGUAAGGUAUUCUGUGUCUAAGACACAGCAGCGCUUUAGACAAUAAAUGUUCCAUACAGUAUUCUUCAUUCUGUUCUGAAGCUCCUAUAACUGUUUGUAUAUUUGCAAAUCCCUUUGUAUUAUAAUUGUUGAUAUUUCCAUAUUUUUCUUUUUUUUUUUUUAAAGAGACAAA